CGGCUGGUUGGGAGAGGCGAAAGCAUCGGGGCGGAUGUCCACUUCACUUUUCCCCGGGUGUUGUCUGUCUCCCCGGCGCACACUCACGGCUGCUUCCAUCUAUCCAUGCAGUUCACUUCAUUGUACUGACUGUGCUCAUCAAUUAGGCAAGAAUUAAGCCGUUUUAGAUGUAAUAUUGUCUUUUAGCGCUUCGAAGAGGAUUGUAACCUGCGGAACGAGGCGCAGAUAAGUUUUGAGUGCGGGAAAGCGGAGAGAAACGAAACACAGCCAUGCCCUCAGUGAUGGAGCGCUCGGGGUCCGGGGUCCUGUCCAGGAGCAGAGCAAAGACUGUAACCAACGGCAACAGCCAACCACACUCUGAAGAAGAGAGCAGUGAUGAAGAGCAUGCUCAUGACAGUAUGAUCAGAGUGGGGGGAGACUACCAGGCUCAGAUCCCAGAGUUCAAACCAGACAGUCCAACCCGCUGCAAUGAGAAGGAUGAGAGGAGCAUGUUGGUCUGGCGUCCCAACAGUCAGCUUUCUGAUGCAAUGUUGGACGAGUACAUACUGAUGGCUAAAGAGAAACAUGGAUACAACAUGGAGCAGGCUCUGGGCAUGUUAUUAUGGCACAAACACGAUGUGGAGCGCUCGCUUGCUGACCUGGCCAACUUCACCCCGUUCCCAGACGAGUGGACAGUGGAGGACAAAGUGCUGUUUGAGCAGGCCUUCAGCUUCCACGGCAAGAGCUUCCACCGCAUCCAGCAGAUGCUUCCAGACAAGCUGAUCGCCAGCCUUGUGAAGUACUACUACAGCUGGAAGAAGACCAGGACCAGGACCUCUGUCAUGGACCGACAGGCCAGGAGGCUGGUCAGCAAGAGAGAGAAAGAUGACAGUAAUGAUGAGAUUGAGGAAGGAGACCCUGGCAGUGACAGCGACUUUGAGAUUGACGCCAAGAAAGAGGCAGUGAAACAGAACCCCAACAGUGCCAACUCUAACAAGGCCACCCCCAGUCGCUCUGGGCCGGUGAAGAAGGAAAGUAUCGGAGCUCAGUACCGCCACCACCCGCUCAGAGCCCGCCGCAGGCCACCUAAAGGCAUGUACCUGGAGCAGGGAGACAUCAUGUCGGUGUCAGCCUCCCACAACGCCGGGGUGCUAACUAUACAACAGCUGGACACACAGUUGGUGUCACUCAAGAGACAGGUCCAGUCUAUUAAACAGAACAACAGUAGUUUGAAACAGAGCUUAAAUGAAGGUGUUAACACUUUCAAACCAGCUGAGCCUGUCCCUAAGAUGAACUCUCGUUGGACCACAGAGGAGCAGCUCCUGGCUGUGCAGGCUAUCCGUCGCUAUGGUAAAGACUUUGCAGCCAUUGCUGAGGUGAUCGGGACCAAGACACAAGCUCAGGUGAGUUCCUUCUUCGUGAGCUACCGCCGCAGGUUCAACCUGGACGAGGUGCUGAGGGAGUGGGCGGCCGAGCAGGUGGCCACCAGCCGAGACCAGAGAGACCUCAGGAGGAGCAGCGAGGAGAUGGCAGCCGCUACAGAUGGAGCUGCCGAGGAGGACGAGGUCAAAAUGGAGGACUCCCCCUCGGACGCCGCCAGCGGCUCCUCUCCUCCCUCCUCCACCCAGACCCCCUCCUCCCUCUCCCAGCCUCCUCCACUGCUGCGCCCUGCACCUCCGUCGGCUCCCCCCAGCCUCCUCCGUCAGCCUCCUCCUCUGCAGACACGCCCGCUCCAGAACAGAGCACCCCACAACCACCCUCCCCCUCCGCUCAUCCGACCCGCAGUCACCACCUCGUCCUCCACCGGGAGCUCCAGCCUCAGGGCUUCUCCUCCCAGCUCCUCCUCUGCUGCAGGGCAGCUCCCUCCAUCGCUGGUCGGGCUCAAAGUGGAGCAGCCCAACUCGCACUGA